AUGACUUUCAUUAGAGGCUCAUUUAUAUUCCUGUACAUUUUAAUUAUCAUUAUAAAUACUAUAUAUCAAAAUUUAUUUGAUAAUAUUAACAAUGUAUCUAUGAUUUCAAAAUUUUUCUCUUCUAAUAUUUUCGUUUCUACCAAAGGACAUGGUUACAUCGAAAAUACUGUGGAAAAUAUUCCACAGAUUGAAAAUAGUAAAAUCAUAAAUAUAUUACAGCACGAUGAAAUUAUCAACAAAGUGAAUCAUAAUACUAAUUAUACGGAUACAUUAUAUAGACAAAAUAACCAAAAGAGUAAGAAGAACAUAAAAAUUAAAUCACCACAAAGAAAAAAUCACCCCAAACUUGUUAGAGUAAAGAAUAACAUAAAUUUCAACGAAAUAAAAAAUGAUCAUGAAACGAACUCUAAUGAUAGCUUAUUUAAGACAGAAGAAAUAUCUGAAAAAAAAGAGUGUAAGGGGAGCGCUAAAAAUUGCAUUAGAGGAAAUGUUAAAAGUCUGAUUAAUGUAAUGAAAGGUAUGGAAAUUAAUAAGAACGAAAAAGAUAAUUCAGACUUAGAUAAAGAAGUGAAUAUAUAUGAUGAUGAACAUCAUACUGUAAUUGUAUUUGACGGUACAGAUGAAAAUAAAGAUUUAUAUAAUAAGUACAAAAAGAUUAAGAAAAAUACGAAUGGUAUGGAUUCAAUAGUUAUACAAGGUACAGAAUAUUUAGGUGUAGGUUAUGAUUUUAUAUUUGGGAACCCAAUAGGUGACCCAUUUUUAAAAGUAGAUCCUGGUUAUAGAGAUUCGAUAAUAAAAUUAACUUAUCCUAAAUCAGAUGAAGAUUAUCCUGAUAAUUAUAUGAAUAUAAAUCCGAAUGGUUCCUUUGUGAGGAAUGAAAUAUCUUGUAAUAGAUCAGAAAAAGAAAGUGAAAUAAGUACUAUGAGUGAAUAUACAAAAGAACUUUCUGUAGAUGCAUCUAUAGGUGCUUCUUAUGGAUUAUUUGGAUCUUUUUCUGCAUCUACUGGUUAUAAGAGUGUAUCAAAUACUAUAUCUAAAAAUAAGUUUCGAAUGUUCAUGUUGAAGAGUUAUUGUUUUAAAUACGUUGCUUCUUUAUCUCAGUAUUCUCAAUGGAAACUAACUGAUCAGUUUGUGAGGGCUAUUUCUUUAUUACCAUCUCAUUUUAAUUCUCUAGAAAAGGAUGGAACGUAUUGUACAGAUGAAGAAUUCCGAGAUAAUCGCAAGAGCGAAAAAUGUGGGAAGAGUGUCACAGCAUGGAUGUAUUUUUUCAAAAAUUUUGGGACUCAUGUUUCUACUCUUUUACAUUUAGGUGGGAAAAUAACACAACAGGUAAAGAUAUCAAAAAAUGAUUAUAAAGCAAUGACUGAAAGUGGUUUAUCCGUUUCAGCUAGUGUGUCAGCAGGAUUUGGUUUGUUUAAAGUAAAGGGUUCUACAAAUACGGAAUCGAAUGAAUCUAGUAAUGAUGAAUCAUCUGCUUCCAGUUUAGAAAAAGAAACGGUAAUAAUAGGAGGAACAACAAUUUUUGACCCCAAUGACCCGAAUAAUUUUGAAAAGUGGGCAGAAAGUAUAACCGAGAAUCCAAUGCCUAUCAAAGGAGAAUAUGAGCCUUUAUCUAGGAUAUUACCUACCCGUUUAUCAAAGAUAUAUGAAGAAGCUUUACGUUUUUAUAUAUCUGUAAAUGUACCAUCAAAUUUUGGUCAGAUAACAGAUAAUGAAAUAAGACAAUAUAAUAUAAAAGAAGAGUUAAUGAAAGCAACAAUGGUUCAUUCUAGUGGGACUGGUUUAGUUGUCGUUGAAUGUGAAGAGAAACAAAACUUCCUUUUAGGUUUUUCAUUAUCUAUACCUAAUGAUUUAUCAAAUUUAAAAGAUUUUUAUUUAAAUUCAUGUGACGAAGACUCGGAUAAAUGUUAUUCCAAAAUGAGUGAUAAUGUAUACAGUUAUAUAUUUGCCAUGUGUAAAGAAGAAAUGAUACCAUUUUUUGAACAAAAGGUAAAAUCAGGUGUUGGUUUAUUAACAUUGGAAUGUUCAGAAAAGAAUCAGGUAAUCUUAUUUGGUUUUGGAAUAAGUGUUUUAAAUACAAAUGAUCCAAUAUCUAUAUCUUUAUAUCCUUGUAAAUAUGGUAAGGCCUCUUGUUCUAUGCAAGGUUCCACUGAUCAAUCGGCUGUUGGUUUAUGGAUAGUAUGUGCUCAUGAAGAAUCAUUAAAUUCGAAAUUUUCUGUAUAUAUAAGAAAAAUGUUUGAAGAAAAUGUUUCUGGAAAAAAAAAGAAACAUAUGGAUAUAUGUCCAGAAAAGGUUCUAUUUAAUUUAAUAUUUGAAUUUACAAAGACGUCAAUUAAAAAACGUAAUGGUGGAUGUUUUACAGUAAAUGAUAAAUGCCCAAAGGAUUUUCAUGUAUGUUCAGAAAAGAAGGACAGAAAAUCUUUUAAUUAUUAUUCAUUGUCGGUAUAUUAA